AUGGCCAACGGCUCAUCUCCUACGGAAACACCGCCAUCUAUUCCUCGCCGUACAACGAACGGGUUUACUAUGCCCGACACAACACCAACAAACCCACUGGAGACGAUUCCCACCCAGGCCCACCAGCUCCCACACAACAAUAUUCCGAAUACACCUCUCUCUGUCGCAACGGUAUCAGCCGCACUGGGCAUCGUGUUUGCACUGGGAGCGAGCUUGUUCGUCUCUGGUGGAGUGGCUGGGAGCUGGUGGGCUACCUACCAACUCGGCUUUUUCAUGGCCAUCUGGUCAUUCUUUCAUUGGGCAGAGUUUGCUGUCACCGCUGGAUGGAACAGAGAGAAGCUGAGCGUAGACUCUUUCCUGCUGGAUAAUGGAAUGACAUACCAUAUUGCUCAUGCUGCAGCGCUGAUCGAGUUCUUCGUGACCAAGUUCUUUUGGCCCCACUCCAAAUCCACACCACCAUCUCCAUCGCAGACAAUCCGUUCACUAGCAAUGAUCCAUGCAGCCUCCAACUUUUCUCAUACAGUUGCCACCUACAAGCUUGUAACACACCGUCUCGUAACUGACGGCAUCUACUCGAUAUCACGGCAUCCAUCCUAUACUGGCUUUUUCUACUGGGGCCUAGGAACUCAGAUGGUCUUACAAAAUCCCAUCACAUUCGCCCUGUACCUAGUCUUGCUCUGGCGCUUUUUCAGCACUCGCAUCAAAGGCAAGCACAGAAAUGCUUGGCACAACCUCGAUCAUCCUGACCAUUCUUUCUAG